UCGGUUUCGUUGCGGCACGAAUCGCAAGAAGUGUUCGAUAGUUCGAUAUUUCAGUUACCAAACAAUGGACCAAGAACGGUUAACACAGCUGCCAAUGUCCCGCAUCAAAACGGUCAUGAAGACAUCGCCGGACAUGGGAAACAUUAACCAGGAAGCCCUGUUUUUGAUGUGUCGUGCUGCGGAGAUGUUCAUUGAGCACCUGGCCCACCGCGCACACAACUCGGAACGCAAGACACUAGACUACUCGGAUCUAGCCAAAUAUGUGGAGAAAGAGGACGCGCUGGAAUUUCUGCAGAUCGUCCUGCCGCAAAAAAUUACCGUGAGGGAGUACAAAGAGCUGAUGGCCCAGAGGGCGGCGGAAGCCGAAAUGGGCAGCGAGGAAGAGGAAGAGGAGGGCUCGUCGGAGGCAUCUGCGGCCGCUGGGGAGGACGAUGGGGUUGACGAGGUGAUCGAACUCGACGAUGACGAUUUGGUGGAGGUUCAACUGAAAAGUGACCCCGAGAUCGAGAGCCUAGACUCGGCGUCGUCCAGCGGAGAAAGCGGCAGUGUCAUCUCGAUCGAUUCCAGCUCGGACGAGAAGGAAAAUUCCAAAAACGUCAGCAAUAAGAAGUCACCGGUGAAGCACAAAACAGGUGACUCUCCGUAACCCACGGACCGGGGCCGGCCCGCAGCUAGGCUGGUGCUUGAACAGGGCAACCUUAGUGUAUGGUUCAGGAGGACAUUUUAAAUCGAUUUAAUUUCUAAGCAGUCCCAUCCAUACAAUGUCUCGUAUAGGUAAUAGUGUUUGUUUUUAAGCCAGUCGUUUCGUUUGGUGAUACGGAAAUGGAUCGAUACUGAGCCUGGGCUGAACUGAAACUCCGUACAACCACCGAUUAAUAGUCAGUUAGUUUAGUGGUUUUUGUUUUGUCUGUAAAUAAGCCCUACGCAGUGUAUUUAUCUGGGGUUUCAGUGAAACAUUUACUCUUGAUGGAGGACCUUUCCGACCACCGGCAGGGUGGGAAACAAAGUAAA